ACAUCCUUAGCUACACGUUUUGCCCAAGAAACAUUUGGCAAACAGUACAAGCAAACCAUAGGACUGGACUUCUUCUUGAAAAGGAUAAUACUGCCAGGAAAUUUGAAUGUUACUCUUCAAGUGUGGGAUGUAGGGGGACAAACAAUAGGAGGCAAAAUGCUGGAUAAAUAUAUUUAUGGAGCUCAGGGUGUUCUCUUGGUUUAUGAUAUUACCAAUGGCCAGAGCUUUGAAAAUUUAGAAGACUGGUAUAAUGUGGUAAAAAAAGUGAAUGAAGAAUCAGAAACACAGCCACUUGUGGCCUUGGUUGGAAAUAAAA